AUGGCAGAAACAGACGCAACGAUUGCUCGAGUGGCCGUCAAAAUACCGGAUUUCAUUUCGUCAGAUCCCAAACUUUGGUUUGCUAUGGUCAAAGGUAGUUUCGCCAGCGCGGGAGUCACAGCUGACAGCACGAAAUUCGGGUAUGUGGUUGGAGCAUUACCGCCGAAAUAUGCAGUUGAAGUCAAAGACAUAAUUAUGACGCCGCCCUCGGGCAGUAAGUAUGUCAAAAUUAUAGAUGAAUUAAUAAAACGUCUUAGUGCCUCCCAAGAGGAAAAAACACGUCAACUUCUGGAGCGCGUUGAGAUUGGUGACCGUAAACCGUCACAAUUUUUACGCCACCUCCAAAACCUGGCUGACUCUUCCAUUCCGGAAACAUUAUUAAAGAUACUUUGGAUGGGCCGCCUACCAAAAAGUAUACAAGUGGCGUUAACAAUAGUUAAAGAUAGUAAGCUUGAAGAACUCGCUGUCCAUGCAGACAACAUCGCGGAUGCAUCUGGUCCUUUGCUACCUCAAAUAGCAGAGACAUCGAGAAGUGACACUCUUGAAGCCAUGUUGAAUCUUAAAAUUUCUCAGUUUACCUUGAGUAUAAAUCAGGAAAUUGCGACGUUGAGAAGUGACGUGGCAGCGAUCAAUUCUCGUCCUUCGCGUAAUCCGGACUCAAGACCAAGUACUUUCCGCUCAAGAUCUCGAUCUCGGAGCCGUACUCUCCAUGGUGCAAAUGGAUUAUGCUGGUAUCAUUGGGGUUAUGGAUCACAAUCGCGAAAAUGCAAGGAACCUUACCGACGAGUAAAAUCCGAUUACGUCCUAUCAACAGCCAAUGGCACGCCUAUUAACACCUACGGUACUAUCACGCUCAGCCUCAACUUCGGACUUCGUCGAGAUUUCACUUGGAGAUUUGUGAUCGCGGAAGUACCCAAACUCAUUAUUGGUGUGGACUUCUUGAGUCAUUACAAUCUAUUGGUAGACGUGCGUAAUCAAUGUCUUUUAUACGGUGUUACACGACUCACCGCUCAUGGUCACGUUGCUGAAUCCUCCAUUCCAUCCAUAAAGAUUGUCGUGGGAGAAACGAAAUACGACUGUUUACUACGAAAAUUUCCCGAGAUCACUCGACCAUAUGGAGCGCCUAAAGACAUUAGGCACAGCACCAAACACUAUAUUCAAACGACACCAGGACCCCCAGCAUCUUGUAAACCACGACGCUUAGCACCUGAUAAGCUCAAGGCAGCAAAAAAGGAGUUUGAAGCUAUGAUCCAAUUAGGCAUUAUUCGACCGUCCCAGGGACCUUGGGCAUCACCAUUACACUUGGACUUUGCACACUUUCUCCACGGUAAAACGAUUUUUUCAACAAUUGACCUAGUCCGAGCAUAUAAUCAAAUUCCUGUAGCUGAAGAAGAUAUUCCUAAAACCGCAAUCGUGACACCAUUUGGACUUUACGAAUUCUUCUUUAUGUCUUUUGGGCUUCGAAAUGCAGCACAAUCGUUUCAACGAUUUAUUGACGAAGUACUUUUUGGACUUGAUUUCUGUUACAGCUACAUUGACGACAUAUUGGUGGCAUCUGUUUCUGAGGAAGAGCACAUCAAAAAUUUACAGAACAUUUAA